AUAAUGUAACGCUAAUAUUUUGGAGUCUGAUAACCGUUUUAGGCUGUAUCGAAAAUUAUAGGCAAUCAAAUUUUAGUGGAGUUGAUCUUUUUCAUCCAUGAGGGGCCAUGACAUUCCUUGCGAGGUAGCCUAUCAACGACGGGGAAUUCCCGAACCAACAAGAGUCGCAUAGCAAAAAUCCCCUUUAUCAGCAUAACCAAUGAAUGCUGUCGCCUUGGAGGGAAAGUACCAGCCUGCAUUUACUAAAUCGAACGAUUUGCCUUUUUAUUUCGUGCGAUAAAUGGCUAAAUCUAGCAUAUUAUAUUCUGGAUUUCUACUAAUGAUUUAUAUAUUUUGUUAAAGUACAUAUACAUAUGUCGAAAAUAAUAAAUUUCGGUGAAUUUACAGGCUAUUUUGCGGCAAAAUACUGUUUCGAGUGAAGAGAACUAAAGCACGGGUGACGAUCGCCAUGUUUGUUUGGUGGUUGUGUAGUUCUACUACUAACCUACAUUUGGCAUCGAUUCGAAUAUCCAGAAAGAAAUGAACUGCGUCGUGCAAACCCAACAAGGUAGACAAUUUUGCUAUAAAAAGGGCUACACUACAAUGUUUAUUAUGACAGAUUGAUAUUUAUUUAAAACAAAACUAAUGCAACGAUGUCUGCUCCUUCAAGACCGAGACGACAAAAGCGAAAAAAUGGUGGACAGAAGUUGUCUAAUCAAACGGCACACCCUCAGGCUCAAGAAGAGAAAAUUUGUCAAACACCCGAAGCAAAGCGUGUUGUAGAAAGUGAACCUUCUGAUGGUAGACCUGUCGUUGUUGCGAGCAAAACUAAAAAGCCUACGUCUAAGUCUAGUAAUAAUAGUAGUAGGCCUAGCACUAAUUCAUCAGCCAAGAAAGAAGGAUCAGACACACCUUUGGCUCAAGUCCAGCAGGUUCCAUCAACUUCAAAUGACACAUCAGUUUCAAUUAGCGAGGUACCAGAACCGAUUCAAUAUUCAGUAACUGUUACUACUUCAGAUCAUAUUAGUGCAAAACCUGGAGUUAAAGACUCGCAAAAUGCGCCAACUGGUUACAGCACGACACCCUUAUCGUCUGAUGCUAAUACCAGUAUUAAUUCAGUAGAUGCCUCCAGUCCAUUCUACAGUUUGUUAGUUGCUGGUGAAAUUCAGCAAGCAACAGCUCCUGAUGAGGAUGGAGACACACCAUUGCAUAUUGCUGUCUCUCAGUGUGAAGUAAAUAUGGUGCAUCAGUUGUUAUACCUGAUAUCAAUGGCUGGCCAAUCUGUGGAUCCCAUUAAUAACCUUCAUCAGACACCGCUCCACCUAGCAAUCAUCACUAAGCAACCAGAUUUGGUUGGUGACCUCAUCCAAGCUGGGGCUGAUCCAAAUAUCUGUGAUCGUCAUGGUAACACAUCUAUGCAUCUUGCAUGCAUACACAAGUGUGCUCCAAUCAUGUAUGUCUUACUGCAGAGUAGUUGUACACCUCAACUUAACGUGAAAAAUUUUGAAGGAUACAUACCUCUGCAUUUGGCAGUCAUACAUGGAGAUGCUGAGAUUGUCAGGAUGCUUGUACGUAGCACUCCAAACUACAUUGACUGUAAGGAUACAAAAAAUGGCUGGACAGCACUUUUUCAUGCUACUGCAAGAGAUGUUGAAGAAAUUAUUGAAAUUUUGUUAAUAGCUGGGCCUGACAUCAAUUGUCAGUCCUACUCUGGAAACACUGCUCUGCACAUUGCUAGUGGGCGUGGCUAUACAGAGAUUGUGCGUAGAUUGAUGCAAUCUGGGGCCGACAUGAGUAUGAGGAACUCACACAGAGAGUCCGCUGCUAUGAUUACCACAAAUAAAGUUAUUUCUAAUUUGUUACAUGGGAAGGAUUACCGCCCUCGAUCACCAACUUCAACCUCAAGACCAUCUGUUAAUAUAAGACCACCUGCACAACCAAAAGUUACCUCACAGUCUCAGAGGAGUGGCUGGCCAUUAACGAUCAUCAGUCCCAGUGAAAAGGUCUUCAACCCUUUUACAAAGCAAAAUAGUAGUGUAACAACAAAGUCUUCAUCGAACUCCCAUUCAGCAGUUGCAACCCAUAUUUUAACACCACCAAACACACAGAUUGUUCUAAAACCAGCAAAGUCAGUAUCUUCCAGUGUUGCACCAUCAACAUCUCAUAUCAGCCAGGAUCAAAUUGCACAUCUCCUGAGAGCUCCACCAAAACCACAAAGCUCUAGCAAACCUAUCCAACAAUCUCCUGUUAUGGGAUACACUGAGUAUGCCACUGCAUCCAAAGAAACUAUAUCUGCAGUUGUAAGUCAAGUGACAUCAGCUCUUAAAGCUUCCAAAUCAAUACCAGUAACUGUUUUACUCAAGGAACCACAUGGACCUUUGGAACUAUUAAAUGCUGUUGGACAUACUGCUGCUGCAAUUCUUUCUAAAUCAAAUUCUAAAUUUUUUCCUGUUAUUUCGAAAAAAAAUGAGCAUGAAAUGGAGAAGAAUUGUGUAGAAAUUCAAUCAACCAAUAUUGUGUCCCAAGAUGCUGACAAGCCUGGUAGUGUAAACUCUAGCGAUCCAUCAGAGGAACCUACUGCUAAGAAAGCGAUCUGUAAUACUGAUGGAGAUCUAGAAUCACCAGAAUCAAAAGCUAACGAGAAAAUUCUAUCAAUUCCUACCUCUGCAACUGAAGAUUUAUCUGGUGCAUCGAAAAUGGAAGCAAAUUCUGCUUUACUAAAAGAACUUGUAAAUGAGGAGAUUAUAUCCAAAGUUGAUUGCAAAGAAGGAAACCAUGCUGAUGGGCUUUUAACAGAAGUAGAUAACUUGGACAAACUUGAUGAAAUAAAAUCUGAAGAGACACAAGAAAUUGAUAGUAAAACAAGUUUGAAUAUUACUGAAAAAAACUCUGAAAUAUAUAGAGAUAACCUGGACCAUUCAGAUAUGUUAUGUAAAAGUGAAGAACCUUCAAAAGUUGAAACUUCUGCUUUCAAAGCAGAAGCUUCAAACAUUUACUCUGAAACGAAAAAUAGCACUGUUGAACAGAACAAUGAGAAAAGCAUAUCUUCAUGUUUAUCAGAUUCAAAAAGUAAUUCUGUUACUGAUAUUUCUAGUCUAGAGAAAGAUGAAGAAAAAGAUUGUAAGAAAAUUUCAAAAAAUGAAGUUGAUUGUUUACAGCCUGACACAAGGUUAGAGACUGAGGAAAAGAACAAUGACGGCAUAGACAAGGUAAUUUCAGAUAAAACAGAGAAUGUCAUGACUCCAGAUGAAAAACUGUCAUCUUGUAAAGAAAAAGUGGUGGUGCCUUCUGGUGGCCACAGAUCUGAGAUUGAAAACCAUUGCACCUCUUUUGUUAUUGAUGUCAAGGAAGACAUUGUCAUUCAUAAAACUGAUCUAGAACCCAAUACCAUUGAUCUUGAAUCUUCAAAAUUGAAUAAAGGAGUACAAUAUGAAAACGUAUCAGAUAUUACAUCUCCAAUUGAAAAUGAGGAAAUGUCUGGUAAUGUGUCAUCCAGGCAUCAAGAAAUUCAGGAAAAAUUACGGAAGCAUAUUACUAGCAAAACAAAGAUUCUUCUCCCUGUUGAAUCAGAAGAAACUGGACAAAUAGCUGGAGGUUCAGGUAAUCUAACUCCUGAUGAACAUUUUCCUCAAUUUUGUGAUAAGAAAGUUUCUAUUGCAGAGAAAUCUACUGUUAAUACUGAUGAAACUGACAAAGUUGUAUAUGAUGUUGACAAAUGUGAUAUUUCUAAUGAAGUACAGAAAAGUUGUGUUGAGGACACCUCUAAAGAAAAGGAAGGAUUCUGCAAUCCUGUUUUACAAACAGAAGUUGAGGAUUCAGUUUUAUCUUCUGACAUACCUAUACAACUCUCUGAUAAUUCAAAUGAGCAAAGGAGUGAAGAUGCGUGUCCAACUAACAAGGACCACUGUGUUCCUGAACAAUCACUUGCUGAUGAAACACAGAUUGCAGAAUGUCUGGAUGAACAAGUUUCAACAAAUGAAAAACAGACAUUAAGUGAUGACUUAAAGAAUACAUCAUCUUUGAAUCCUGUUGAUAUACAGGCAGUUUCACUCGAUGUUGAUGAUGAUGUAGUUUUACAUGAAGGAGAGAAAUCAGUAUCUAAUGAAACAGUUCCAUCAGAGAGAGAAGGAAUUACUCAGACCUUAAUUCCAAAACAAAAUGAAAUUGAUGAUGUAUCAAAAUCAGGAACAGUGUCUAAUUUGCAGUGUGGGAGGCAAGAUUUACCUUCUUCAGAAUGUAUCAGUGCAGAUGGAGAAAUAUCAGUGAAUGCUUGCAGUGAUGCAUCAAGUAUUGAUAAUGUUGACGGCUUAAAACAAAGCACAUCAUUAAAUUUUGGAGUAAUACCAGAGAUAGUUGUUACACAGCAAGAAGUUGAUGUAGAAUCAACUAAUCCUUGUGAUACAACAAAUAAUAUGGACAUCUCAUCAUCAUCAGAGACCACAACUAUAGGAUUAGGAGCACAUGAUGAUCAACAAGUGUCGACAACAAUUGUAUCUGUAAAAACAUCUGAAGACAGCACACCAAAUUGUGAUAGAAUUUCUGAAACAAACAAUGCUGUAUUAGAAUUAUCAAAUGAGGGAUCACCAAAACUGCUUGAUACUACAGAGCGAGGUGAAUCAAGUUAUUCAAAAGACAAUGUAGCAAAUGAAACAAGAAAACGAAAGUCACCUUCAGGAAGAGAAAAUUAUAUUUGUGCUGAAGAAAUAAAUAAGAAACAAAAAACAGGGAAAGAUCCACUUAGUGAAGAGCAGGCAGUUUCUUCAAUAUCCAAACAAGGUAAUACUAAAAAAGAUCUGAUUAUUCCAAAAAAGAGAAAAAUCCCUGUUGAAUAUAGAACAGAUUUUGACAAAUCAAUGGAGGACUCGUUGUCAAAAUCAGGGACUGAUAAUUUGAUUAAAACUGCAGUCGAUACUGUAAGUAUCGGCACACUAGUCUCAAAAGUCAUGCAGGGUGACGAUCAAGUAGAAGAUGUCAGACCAUCUUAUAAAACAACUGAAUAUACCUCAGAUGAAAACCGUUUAGAUGUCAGAGAGACACCAAAUAUUGCUACCAGUAUGACAACUAACUCUACAUCACAACCACAGUCCACCUUGUCAACAGCACAAGCAUUGCUGUCUUUAGGAGAUCCUCAGCCUCAGUUGUUGACAGCUCUAAAGCUGAAGCAAACUGAAGAAUGUAGACAACAAAGAGACUCAAUUUCACCAAAAUUAGAUUAUUCUCGAACUGUAGUAGCAAGUUCCAAUCCUGCAAAAGAUGCUAAUUUAGAUUUCCCUGCAUCUACAAGCUCUUUAGAGGUAAACCCUGGGGAUAGAAGUUCAUCUUCACUGACAAACAGAGCAGGCCCUCUUGAGGCAACAGAUACUGAGAAUCGAAGGGUAUCAGUUAUUGUUUAUCCACAAGAAACUAAGAAACGACCGAAGUCAACAAGUAGUUUUGAGCAUGAGAUACCUACAAAGCAUGCUCAUUUAGAUGUACCAAUCUCUCGUGCCAGCAGUACUUCACCAAGAUUGACUAUAGCAUCAACUGUACAAGAAUCAAUAAAACCACAAUCACUGACGUAUAGACAACAAAGAAUUAGGCAGGACAAUGUACAUUCUACUCGACGGGGGCCCAGGGAGGAUGUGUACUAUAAGGGGGCAUUAUCAGUUCCUGGGUCUGACUCUGUCAACUUAAGUUCCAUGAGAUCUGGCAAUAAUCCUUUCAUGCUGUCUGAUGUGUCGAAAAAAGUUCCCAGAACAUCAUUUGUGACACCAACCAGCUUUGUAUAUUCUCAUUCUCUUCACCCUUCUUACAAAGUAACAGAUGCUGUACCUCGUGUGGGCUCCCAGGUACCUAAUAUUGUAUCACGCGAUGCCCAUAUUGUUUCCCAGGUACCACACAUGGUUUCCCAGGUUACCCAGGUACCUCAUGCUGUAGGACAAGGACAUCAUUUUGUCACUAAUGGGCCACAUAUUGUUGCACAAGUACCUAAUGUUAUUCCCCAAGGGUCUCAUGUGGUUUCCCAGUUUCCUCCUCAUCCUGACUCCACAAGACCAUUAAUUUUAUCAAAUCCACCCCUUUCUACUACAGUCACCCAUAGUAGUAAUGUGUUGCCACAUAUAGCAUUAAAUGUUCCUCACCAGCUUGGUAGCAUUCCGAAUCCCUCACAAUUAAUUCACCACGUAUACCCUCCUCAAGGUCAACAUCACGUCCACAAGGGCGCAACACCUACGUUUAUAAUUACUGAUCCACCAACUCACCAACCAGGCGCAGUUCUGAUCCAGCAACCAUACCAAGUUGUCCCGAACUCAUCCACCAUCCACGGAUCCAAAUACACACCACCUCUGCAGCCCAUCAGAGGUUUUCCACCUAUGAUUGUUCGGGAACCUAUGAGAAGAGGUGGAGAAUUUCCAGUAUUCAAAAACACUCAUGUAAUCUCUAAUACUCCAAGUCAAGCUCAACCGAUGCCAGGUCCUAGAGCUUACAACCCCUACUCAAAGCAGGUUCAAAUGCAAUCUAUACAACUCUCUAGGCUGUAUAAUACGACUUUGCAGACUUCAGACCCAGACCAACCGAUUGAUCUCAGCUGUAAAAAGAAACCCGAAGAGCCUUUAGAUAUGUCCAUUUCAAGUAUUAGCAGGCAAACUAGUGCUGAUGCUUCCUGCAUUGCCCAUGCUAGUCAAGGUGCUAGCAGCAGUCUAGUUCAUCCUCCAUUAAGGCCAACUCCUGAAACAUCAACUCCUAUGGCGUACAUGCUUUUGCAGAAGUCUGCACAGGUGGUAAAUCAGUCGCAACGAAGCCAGCCAUAUUCAAUAAGAACAGUUUAUGAUGAGUAUGAAAGUGAUGAGCCUCAACUGUUCAUUGAUGAGACUGCUACUGCAGGUGAUGUUAGAAAGCGAUCAAGAACAUUAAAAAAAGGUGGGAAGGGAAGGCAUUCCAGACUUGAACAGAAAAAAUAAAACAAGUUUUUGACGUUAAAGAAGAUAAUAGUUGGAAUGUUUGUAAUAUACUGUAUCUAUGUGUUGUUGUUUGAAAUAAGUGUAAAAAUGCUAUUAUAUGUGAAAUCAUAGACAGAUGAUACUAUAUUAUUUAAUAAAGCACAGUUGUAUUCCGUUUACUAGGGAGCUUUUGAUUUGUACAACAACAUAACCCUAGAAUGGAUUCAGUCAUCCAUGACCCUCCGAUGUUCUCUACACAUUGUAGAUUCAGGCCCAAAUGCAUUCUAGAAUUCAGAUGAUAAUGAGAACUUGGGGUGUUGGAUAAUGAGAACUCAAUGUUCUUGCAUGUACUGAUUACUUCUUAAUGAUUUCAUCAAAGUUUCCUAUUAUUUUUAUUGAUUGUAGCGGAAUUGCAAUUUAGUGGUUAAGAUUUUGACUCCCAAACCAAAGAUCCAAGUUUGAACCCUGUCACACCCCCCCCCCAAUAAUAGGUAGUUUUUCGCCGCACGACGUUAACCUUAACUUUAACAUUAGUACCCAACAUGCAGUGCGAUAGCUCCACCUGUUUUGUAAGCAAAUCGAAAUAUGCAUGCACAAACCCGUAACUAACGUAUGUUGAGCAGGUUGAAAAUACUGAAAUUAAUGUAGUCCACAACACAAGAUGAAUAAAUUAUGACAUCAUCCAUUAAUGUUAAGGUGACUGUCGUGUGGCAAAAACUGCCUAAUUCUACUCCUUAAGCCUUGUUAUGUGACUCAGUGUGUAGAGAAUUAUUGCAUCUGAUAGUGGCAGUUAUGUACUUUGAUGUGAAUAAAUGAAUAAUUUAAUAAUUAAAUUAAAUAAAAAUAAAUGUUAUUCAUAUCAAAAAUUAUUAUUAUUUAAAAAGCUGCUGGAUGGGUCAACUUGUGCUCUCAGCAAGAAAUGCUAAAUUAGUUAUCAAUUUCUAAACAACAUUGAUUUACAGUUUUUUUAAUUAUAAUUAGGGAUUAUAUUUGUCAAGCCUAUAUCCAGAUGAGUAUAAAGUGUGCAU